GCUUGUUUCCACAACACAAUAAUGGCGCACUCGCUAUCACCGGAAUGCACGCCUCUCAAGCACGCGUACGACUCGUGUUUCAACACCUGGUUCGAGUCCUAUCUCCAACCUGCAGUCGCGCAGAACGCGAAUGCCACGCCUGCACAGCGCACGGAGUAUUCAAAGAAGAAGGCAGAGGACUUUGAGACAAACUGCGGGGGUGUCUGGAGGGAGUACAAGGCUUGUGUCCAGAAAGCAGUGAAGGACAGGGGACUCAGCGAUCUCCUCGAGCAGGCUAGGGACGAGCAUCCGCUCAAAGAGCAGCCGUCGAUCCCUGUUGGCCCGAGCAAGACAUGAUAUACCCUAGAGUACAAGCCCCAUUCGUGGCUUAUUCACUUUGGACCUUUCUUUUGUAGAGUCCACUUGCAUCUUAUAAUGCCGUUAGCUAAUACUUAUCACUGCAUGUACCAUCAUCAUACACAAGCACAAUCUCUACUCAGACCUACUCAGGACAUUGUUC